ACUUUCCCCAUCCUGUUUCCGGCAUCAGGGACCAAAGGAGACCCGUUGGGUUUGUGUGGCAAAGAAGGAGAGGCACUGAUGUCAGUUGACUUGCUAGAACAUCAUUCAGAAGGAGAGAUGGACGGAGAUUCUUCCCAUUUCCGGGUAGAGAGGCAUUCUUGGGAAGGCUUGCGGGAAAUAGUACAUGGAAGUCGGAAGUUUUCUGGAAUCAUGGUGAACAAAGCCCCUCAUGACUAUCUCUUUCAACCACGAAGAGAUGAGAAUGGGGCACACUCACACCGCCUAUACUUUUUGGGAAUGCCAUAUGGGAGCCGGGAAAACUCUCUUCUGUAUUCUGAAAUCCCACGAAAGAUACGCAAAGAGACAACCCUUCUCUUGUCCUGGAAGCAACUGCUGGAGCACUUCCAGGCAACCCCUCACCAUGGAGUGUACUCUCGUGAGGAAGAGCUCCUUCGGGAACGCAAGCGACUUGGGGGUUUUGGCAUCACUUCUUACGAUUUUCACAGCGAGUCUGGACUGUUCCUCUUUCCAGCCAACAACGGUCUUUACUAUUGUAAAGAUGGAGGCAGCACAGGAUUUAUGAUUUCUCCAUCUCCGCCAGUGGAGAUCCGGACACAAUGCAAUGGACCGCGAAUGGAUCCGAAGAUCUGUCCUGCGGAUCCUGACUUUAUCUCAUUCAUUAAUAACAAUGACUUGUGGGUAGCAAAUAUACAAAACAGGGAAGAGAGAAGGUUAACAUUCUGCAACAAGGGUCUGAACAGUAUAACAGAGGAUCCCAAAUAUGCUGGAGUAGCUACCUUUGUGAUCCAGGAAGAGUUUGACCGAUUUACAGGAUACUGGUGGAGCCCAACCGCUGUGGAGGGUCCUGGUGGGACUCGUUUACUUCAUAUCUUGUAUGAGGAGGUGGAUGAGUCGGAGGUGGAAAUUGUACAUGUUCCAUCACCAGCCCUGGAGGAAAGGAAAACGGAUGCAUACAGAUACCCUCGUACAGGAAGCAAGAACCCCAAAGUAUCGCUCAAACUAGCAGAAAUAACAACAAAUGAUAAGGGCGAGAUUAUUAAUACUCAGGAUAAGGAGCUGGUACUUCCAUUCAGUUCCCUGUUUCCAUCUGCAGAAUACAUUGUGAGAGCCGGCUGGACAAAGAAUGGCAAAUAUGCUUGGGCCAUGCUGCUAGAUCGAUCCCAGCGCCUCAUGCAGCUUGUCUUGCUUCCUCCUGAACUGUUCAUCCCUGUGUCUGAAGAUGAAAAACAGAGGGAUCAGUUUGUCCAGGAGAUGCCCCCACAUAUCCAGCCACAUGUCAUCUAUGAAGAGAGGAGCAACAUCUGGGUUAAUGUGCAUGAUAUCUUUCAUCCACUGCCACAGAAGAAGGACAAUGAGAUUAGCUUUAUAAAAGGCAGUGAAAGUCAAACAGGAUUCUGCCAUCUUUACCUGGUAACCUCAGUGUUUCAGACAGAUGAGAGAGACUGGUCUCAUCUAUCCCUACCAAGCUCAGAUACAUUUAAGUGCCACAUAAUUGAAGAAGUGGCUCUGACAAGUGGGGAAUGGGAGGUCCUAGGACGUCAUGGAGCUAAGAUUUGGGUGAAUGAAGAAACACAGCUUGUAUAUUUCCAAGGUACACGGGACACUCCCUUGGAGCAUCACCUGUAUGUCACAAGUUACAAAAACCCCGGUGAGGUGGUGAGACUGACUGAACUGGGUUACACGCACAGCUGCACCUUAAGCCAGAAAUUUGAUAUGUUUGUAAGCCAGUACAGCAGUGUGUCAUCCCCACCAUGUGUGCACCUUUUCCGUCUUGAAGGGGACCCUAUGCAUCAGCAACCGCAGUUCUGGGCAAGCUUGAUGGAAGCCUCAAGCAGUCCUCCAUAUUAUGUUCCACCAGAGAUCUUCCACUUUGAGACAAGCAGUAAAGUAAAGCUCUAUGGAAUGGUUUAUAAGCCUCACAAUCUAAGCCUAGGGAAAAAGCAUCCAACUGUGGUUUUUGUCUAUGGUGGACCACAGGUGCAGCUAGUAAAUAACUCAUUUAAAGGAAUCAAGUAUUUGCGUCUGAAUACUCUGGCACACCUUGGAUAUGCAGUAAUUGUGAUAGAUGGUCGUGGGUCUUGCCACAGAGGACUCUCUUUUGAGGGCGAGCUCAAGAACAAAAUGGGUCUGGUUGAAAUCGAAGACCAGGUGGAGGGAUUACAUUUUGUAGCUGAGAAGUUUGGAUUUGUUGACCUGAAUCGUGUGGCUAUUCAUGGGUGGUCAUAUGGUGGCUUUUUGUCUCUCAUGGGACUAAUCCAGAGACCAGACAUAUUCAAGGUGGCCAUUGCCGGUGCUCCAGUAACUGUCUGGAUGGCAUACGACACAGGAUACACAGAGCGUUACAUGGACACACCAGAGAACAAUCAGGCUGGUUAUGAAGCAGGAUCUGCAGCUUUACAUGUGGACAAACUACCCAAUGAGUAA